AACAUGGAGAUCAUUCUUUAGAUCCUCUUACCAAAAAAUUUGGUCUUACUCAUCGAAUAUUAACAGAGCCAAUGUUGGCUGAUAUAGAAUUCUGGACAACAAACGGGAAUCUUACUGAACAAAAUGUUAAUUGUAAAACUGCAACACUGAUUAAUUACCUUAUUGAGCAUAAAUCUAAGGAUAUUCGAUGGACUAUAAAUUGGUAUGUUGAUCCAGCAACAAACUCUUUAGUAUCACUAUUUUGGAUGAUGCCAGAACAAUAUGAACUUUACUUACAAUAUAUUGAGCAAAUGUUAAUGAAUAAUGAAACAUUAGAGAGCUUUGAAUGGGUAUUUGAUUCUCUUAUUAAAGGAACCAAUAUCUUUCUCUCAGUUAUUAUAACUGACAAUGAUUUGGCAAUCACAAAUAUAAUGUCUGAUACCUACCAUAUACAUUGUAUAUACCAUAUCGGACAGAAUUUAUUAAAGAAUCUAAAGUCUAAAUUGGGAUCAGAAUAUAAUGACUUCAUUAAAGCUUGGUACAAAAUGAGAAAUACUAUAUCUCAAACUGAAUUUGACUAUUUAUGGGACUCUUUACUUGAACAAUACCCAGCCUCAGCAUCAUAUCUUAAUAGAUCACUUGGCUCCCAAAAACAUAGAUGGGCUCUUUCUUAUAUUCCGCAUAUUUUUACAGGAGAGAUUCAAAGUACACAAAGAGUAGAAGGGCAAACCAUGAUAAUUAAAAGUGCUGUUAAUAGUUAUACAUUUAUCUUGGAUGUUUUUAAAAAAUUGAAGUACAAUUUAAUUGUGUAUCUAUUAUGA